AUGCAGAUGCGCUGGCAGGGAUUGUCAACGGAGGCACUUGGAAACGAGGGCCGGCGCAUGCAGCCUUCAAACAGCAACUUCACUACUUUUGCACCGUCCUCGCCUUUGCAGCCUAUAACGCGAGGCGGCCCCUCUUCCGCCUCCGACGGCAGCAAUCACCCCUCCAGCAAUAUGCAAUGGAUCCAACAUCCUCAACGCGAGUAUCUGGAAGCCUGUGGGACUGAAUGCGACUUUGAAGCAGCAGCAUUUGUUUUCCUCAGUGUGGCAGCCCCAGAACGCCUGGUCGGAGAUAGCCCCCUUCGAGGCUCUGCCCAGGUGUUGAAAUUCCUGCACACCACGUUGGCCACCCCAUGUAUCAAAGCGUUCCCAUAA